AUGGACUAUCUCCCAGAGCAAAUCCAAACGCUCCUCACGCAAGCAACAACAACCCUCCCACUCAACCACCCGCUCCUCAAAAACCUCACCACCCUCGCCCUCCCCCUCACCCUCAACCUCCCAACGAUCAUGUCCCCCUCGAUGACAACCCACCUGACCACCCUCCGCGAAACCUACCUCAAUCCCUACCUAAUCGACCCGCUCUCGAAACUCCUCGCCUCCUCCUGCCCGGACUACAUCUCGGUGCUCCUCCUGAUCGCCAUCUUAUACAUCUCGCUCAAGAUCCUGGAUUAUGCCCGCCGGGUGGUGCUCUUCUGGGUGCGUCUGGUGGUGAGGGUGCUGUGGUGGAGCGCUAUCUUCGCGAGCGGGUAUUAUGUUUAUUCGGUGGGGUUGGUGCAGACGGGGAGGGAUGUGGGCUGGGUGUUGGCUGUGAGCGACCGGACUGCGUCGCUCGUCCUGAUCAGUAGACCAUGA